GGUCAAGUGGCCUGACUACUGGAUUGUAUGCGUCAUGAUAGACAUAUAAUACUGAUAAGUCUUACUGUACAGCAAAUAUAACAUGGAUAUAACUAAACAUACAGUAUGACCGUGCAGCUGAUUCAUACUCAUACCCAUAUUUCAUACCCAUACAAGUACCUCGACGCAAUGUGACCGCCAUUGAUCUGCGACUACAAGAUCGCCAGUGAUCUUUCCGUGAACAAGCUCCAACUGUGUGUCACGUGGGUUUGGAAUAGUGGGAAAAAAUACUCAGUAUUUUUCAGCAAAACUCUACAUGUCGUGAGGUAUUGAGUGUGGACAUAAGAAAAGCUCGGACCGACUGCUAUAAGACGCUUGGGUAUGAUACCGCCUAUAACAAAGAUCAAGGACCGGUCUCCCUACAAGUAACUUAUGGAGACAGUUCAGCCCACGGCCGUCUGUACAGGUCACUCUUGUGGCGCCAAGAAUACUACGGUCCAAGAUGUGACUUGGAACGACUCAGACCGCUUACUACGCCAGCUUAAUGAUGACAAAGCUCGUCUCUACAUCCCUGUCGUUCUCUACAUCCUCAUCCUUCUUGUAACCGGCGUCAUCGGUAACAGUCUCGUGCUCUACGUCUAUCUAAAACGAUUCAAGAGAACUUCUUCGAACUAUUUCAUCUUAUCCAUGGCCAUGUUCGAUAUGGUGUCAUGCUGUAUCGGCAUGCCCACUGAAAUCUACGACCUCCGCUAUCCCUACAUGUUUUACAGCAAUGCCGCUUGCAAAAUAUUACGCUACACGGAGUCGGUGACGAUUAUCGGAUCGGUCUUCAUUUUGGUUGCCGUCGCUGUGGAUCGUUGCUUCAAGAUUUGCAAACCUUUCAGAAACACAUCAUUGCGAGUCUUCAAGAAAAUCUGCCUAGCGAUAGUGGCGUUCUCAUUUCUUACAGUGAUUCCGUCGAUUUUUGUUUCCGGCGUAGUCGAUGUUAAAACGGAUUUCCCCGGUGUUGUUGGUAGAGACUGCAGUGUCGUUAAAACACUACCCAAGGGCUCUGUGUUGGUUUGGUAUGGCUUUCUCAUGGUACAGUUUACACUCUGUUCUGUUACCAUGAUCGCAUUAUAUAUCCGAAUCUGGUUCGAAAUUAAACGUCGUCAGAAACAGGUCAUUUCCUCAGAAAGUUGUGAAGUUUUCAAAGACCAUGGUACUCUGUCCAGGUCUCCUACACCUCUGUCUCCCGUUGACAGGUCUGUGACUGAUGUCGCCCAGAUCAAGGGGGAGUCCGUAGCCCGGAUAAAAUAUUUACCAAGUACUAGUAUCAGCGUUAGCAGUGAUCCGGAUUCUAGUGGAUUGCAUGAGGAAGAAACAAGAAGUUACAGACCUUGUAGGUUGGGCAGCAACUCUAGUGACGGUUUAGACGCUGAGCGAAAAUCCCUCCGGCAGAUAGGCGAGCAUAUGAUGACGAAGAUCCGUGUCAGUAAGACUACCGUCAUGCUAUUCGUCGUCACUUUAGCUUUCAUUUUGUCUUACCUGCCCACACUGAUCGUGAUGGUUACGAGAAGUAAGGGCACUAAAAGCAGGACAGACGCUUCCGAUUUCUUGAUGAAACUGUUGUCAAAGUCUUAUUUCAUUAAUAAUUCCAUUAACCCCAUCAUCUACAGUUUUUUAAACAGACACUUCCGGACAGAAUGUGCCAAGGCUUUGUCACGACUUUACUACCGCUGCUUCUAUUGUUGUCAUUGUGAUUCCUGAAUAACAGCUUAAAACUAUUUUGAAGUCUUUUCCAAAAUGAAGAAACUUUCGUUCAAGUAGAUGUACAAAAGGUUUGCAAAAGAUGAACCGUUCAAUAUGCAACAAAUUUUGAGGUUAUAUUUUACAUGAAAACGACUUAGAUAUAUGCCGGAAAAAAAGCUGUGUUCACUGCCUUAGGACGAGGUCUGAAGCCGAGUCUGCAUACAGUGACCACGUCCGUCUUUUUUCUUUCUUUUUAUUUUUAUUUUUGA